UGUGCAGGGGCAGCAGCAACGCACCGGGGUUAUUUGUUUAGAGGCUGCUGCGGGGGUCGCGCAUUGUUCCAGCUUCUCCUCCAGCUGCAAAAGGGGUUAAAUGGAAAGGCGAGCGCUGCAGCUCCACUCUCCAGGGCUGGCUAUUGCUUAGUUACUGGCAUCUUUUCAGACUGGGUGUCUGAUAUCAGAUUGCAUCUAAAGCCUGGCAGCCAGCCAGUGGCAGUCUAUUUAAAAAAGACCUUCCUUGCGCUGCAGCCACCAGUCUCUCAGAAACUCCUGCCCUGCUGGAAGCUACACACAGACUCCUUCUUUUUUUCACUCACUUGCAACACUUUACUCCAGUAAUUCCAACAUUUUUCUUCUUUAGGGACUUUUCACCCGAGCUGCAGAGCAAACUUUUAUUUAUUUUUUUUUACCCAAAGAAACUUUUUUGCAGCUGAAUCAAUAGAAUUUGUGAUUUUUUUUUCCCGUUUCUUGCACUUUUUGGUUUGUUCCAGGCUGUUGCAACCUGUUGCAGAGAGGGAGAAGCAGUAAUCUGCCUGAUAAAAAAAAAAGUCUCUGUUUUGCGGCUGGGUGAGCGCAGUUGUAGGGGGGGAGGCUUUUUGACACCCCAGAAACAAUCAUUCUUGGAGUUUGCAUUUUUUUUUAGUCCCCUUUUUUUCUGCACAGUGGGGUUACCCUAUCACAGUAGCCCAGUCACAAGGGAGAGCGCAGCUGUUUCCCCCCAGUUGUAAUUUACUAAGACCCACUACAAAACCCCUUGGAAAUGUUGCUGCCAAUGUGCCUGCUGUUGGUCUCCCUGUGUUUAGGGCAGUGCCAGGCUCUGGGUUCCUUUGUCCACUGUGAGCCCUGUGAUGAUAAAGCGAUGUCCAUGUGCCCCCCGACCCCAGUGGGCUGUGAACUGGUGAAGGAGCCGGGCUGUGGCUGCUGUAUGACAUGCGCCCUGGCGGAGGGACACAGGUGCGGGGUAUACACAGAACAUUGCGCCAAAGGUUUGCGCUGCCUGCCCGAACAAGGAGAAGAGAAACCCCUGCACGCCCUGCUGCAUGGCCGGGGGGUCUGCCUCAACCUGAAGAAUCACAGAGACCAAAGUAAAAUAGACAGAGAAUCAAAGGAAGAACCAACCACCUCAGAGACAGAGGAUAAAUAUCCGUUAAAACACGGUGGAAAGCUGAGUCUUUCACAACAACAAAAAGCAAUUGCCAUUAAUAAUUUACGACAAAAGAAGCAUUCCCAGUCAAGGAUUGUGUCUGUGGAAAAAGUCCAGUCUCCAUCAACUCCAGAACACAGUUUUGAAAUAGAUAUGGGUCCAUGCCGUCGACAAGUGGAGACUCUCAUGCAGGAGAUGAAGCUGUCUCACCGCGUUUACCCAAGAGCUUUUUACCUUCCUAACUGUGAUAGAAAAGGUUUCUUCAAACGAAAACAGUGUAAACCUUCUCGAGGUCGCAAGCGUGGACUUUGCUGGUGCGUUGACAAAUAUGGUUUGAAGCUACCUGGGAUUGAUUAUGUCAAUGGAGACCUGCAAUGCCAUAGUUUUGAUAGCAGCAACACAGAAUGAUACCCCCUUUGCCGUAUUUGUUAAACCCUGAAGAUGAUUACUUUGCUUAUUUUUCUUGGGUGUCCUAAAGGAUAAUCUCUCAUUUUUUAUUUUUAUUUUUUUCUUGCUCAUCUCAUUGGCAAAUAUGAUGGAACCCUCAACAAAAAGAGAAAAUGACAUUCUGUCCAAGACAAAGAAUGUUUUUUGAAUUUAAAAAAAUUCUGGAGGACAGAAAUAAAAUUUGCUUCUGUAGGAAUCAAGGAGAAAGUGUCAGCUCAGGAGGCCCCACCCACCUACCCCUCAACUUAAAACCACCCACCAGAAAUGCACUUUUCAAUCUUUCUCUAUAUUUUGUAUAAAUUCUAAAAUGCCUUUAUAUCCGAGAAGGGAGACAUUAUUAUAAGCUUGGUUUUUGUCCCUUACUGUUAUUGCUCUGGACAGUAAACCAGAAACAGGGCAAACCACAUUUCACAGAAAUUAAUAGGUCAUGAUGAGGUUUGCUUAGUCUCGGUUGUAAUAGUUCAUGGAGUGGUCAUUACAAACACGUUUGAGAGGCAGAAAUUUUUCUCUUAAAGGUGUCUGCUUUAUCUGAAUGAAUGACGUUUGGUCAUUUGGAAAAUAUAAAACCCAAAAUAAAGUGUUUAUUUACAAAAGAGGCAAACAACCUCUUUGCAACUGGGUUGGUUUAGGCUAUUUUAGAGGUUCAGGAGGAGUGGAGCUGGUUCCCUGUGACCAUAAUAAGCAAACAGUUUGAGAUAAGUCGGUAAAUGAUAAUUCGUUUUCACUUAUUGAUGCUAGAUUUAAGCUUUCCUUCAAUGUUAACAAGUGGUGAUUAGCUAUGGGUGCAGGGGACACCUGCACGUAGUAUCAUUAUACUAAAUAUUUUAUUAUAUUCAUAGGCAGAGUGUUAAGCUUCUGUAUUGCAUUUUUUUGACUUGUCAUCUUAGAAGAUGUGACAUCUAUUUUGGUGACUGUGCCGCUGCCCAGUGGCACACAAGGCUGCCCAUAAUACGGAUAGUGACUUUGUUGGUCGCUAGAUUGAAUACAAAUUAAACAUUGCCAUUAGGUGCCCCCUAGCGCUCAAAAACAAAUUUUUCCUGAUUGCUUUACCCCAAAGCAGUAAGCUCUAUGUCUUAUUUGCUGAAAAGCUGUGACUUAGCUUUUUUGUUUUUUUAUAUUUUUUAUUAUAAUUACCAUAAUUUUACACAUUGAUCCUAUUGAAAUAUUGUGUGAUACAUUGCUGACCCUCAUAAUGAUGCCGGAUCUUGCCUUGCAAUACAUUUCAGCUUAUAAACAGCUUCUCCAAAGUGUUGUAUUAAAAGAAAGGGGAUCCUCUCUACUCUGCUCCAUAACCGGGGGGGGGGGGCAGGUCUGCGGUGAAAUCAGGUAGACUUAUGACUAUGCCCCGUUGUGCUUGGUGCUGUGUACACUUUAUGACGUUUCAAUGAUUUUGUUGAAAAAAAUAUAAGCUACAAAAAGAGAAAACAUAGAAUACAAAUACUUUAUGGGCUGUUUGGAAGGGAUGUAAGAUGGAUACCACAUGUUGCAGGUAGCAUUGAUGGCCCUUUUGGCACAGAAACCACAGAAAUAUGACAAGCUUUGCCUGUAGGCUUCAGAAUACCACUCCUGGGUCUUUCUGAGUCUUACAAAACCCUUCCAUCAGCUUUUUCUAUAAUCACGUUGAACUACAGUAGGUCACAUUUUUGGAUAAACUUCACAAGGAAAUGGACGGCUCCCUUCUUGACAAUAAGUCUGGGGAAAAAAAUAUAAUGGACACCAAAUCUAAAUAUGCAGACAUAUCGCCCCUUCCAGAAUUCUUCGGGGGCUGUUGCUUGACUCUUCAUGGCAUCCAAACUAGCAAAGCCAGGAAAAGCAAAUGGAUAUGGUGAUGACAAACCUAUGUUUAUUCUAAUGCAAACAAUGGGUCAGAGGAUUGUUCCUAUUUUUUUUUUUUAUAUACAACUCAAGUUCAGGACUUUAGAAGACCAACAGUGUGCAAUAGGCCUUGAGGACAUUUUCUAUAAACAUUGGUUUUCACAGUGGACUAGAGAAGAUACCACUGCAUCUGGAUGCAAGACUGUGGACUCUUCACCAAUUAAACGAUGGAUGGCAUUAUCUCCGUAGCUGCCUUUAAUCUUCAUACUCGAGACUAAAAAUAAAAGCACGACAAUUCGUUAAUGUGGACUUAGCUGAAUGGACACUGCCAUAUUAGUCCUGCCAUACAGAAAUCUUCUAUGUUUCUCUUCUACUGGCAGACAUUCUCAGCUAAGUAUGGUUCCAGUAGCUGGAGGCUUACCAUGGAAUCCUGUUGGCUUGGAAUAGUAGAGAGACUUUGUUUUUUUUGUUUUUUAACACCCUUUUAUUUUGAGUGUUAUUUUUGUUAUGUGUGGCCUGUACGACUUGCAUACACAUGUGUCAAGUAAAUGAUUUCUUUUGUAAGGUACUGGUUCAUUAGAGGCCUUGCUCCAGCUAAAUGCAUGCUGUUUUCUAACUCUUCAGGAAAGAAAAUAUUUGCUUUGACCCAGUCCUUUUACUAAAGAUCCAAAAUCUCUCUAAAUAUAUCCUGUGUAUAGCUACCAGAUACAUUCCCUUAACUCACUCAGAGCUCAUAGUUUGUGUUGUAGGCCCUGAACAUUCCUUCUCUGUAUCUAUACAGGGAGCUUUCAUAUUGUUUCCCUUGCACAUCAGUAGGAAGGUAAGCAGUAUAACAGCUCUCUCCCACAUUUACUGAUAAAGAAUGUUCUUUGGUGCCACGUAAUGCUUGUUGAUUUUGGUCAGAUAAAAAUUCCACUAAGGCAAACGGCACAGAAACUCACCCUAUGGAGAAAUGCAAAUAUGCAAUUAAGGAGAUUUCUGUGCAGACAAACCUAUUCAUUAUAUUCUUUCUGUACGAGGAGAUGAAUUGACCAUAAGGGCCUGUUUUAAAUGACUAUUUUCCCCCCUUAAAGGCCAUAAUAUAAGUUUAAAUGCAAUAAGCAGGUGAAAUAAGAUGUUUACAGAGUUGCCGGUCAGUUUUGAUGUUAUGGCAAAACCAUAGUUUGUUAUUUAUAAGUAAGGGCCAAAUGACUCUUGAAGACGAAUAGAAUUGAAGUAUCCCACGGUUAAAGUGGAGAAAAAAAUUACCAGUUGCAGAUUGUCAUUGCACUGCUUUUUUUUUUUGUUAUUGUCUAAUAUCUGACUUUUUGCCUAAAAUCUCAAUAAUAUUACAGCAGUGUGGUGACAUCUGAUUAUUCAAAAGCAUUCAAAAGAUACAGUAGGUUAGGUAUCUUGUCAACUCAUGAACUGAUAUCUUCCACUAUACCUUGUUAACCAAAAUGUUGCCCUCUCCUUUCUAGGGAGCACUGUGUGUUUGGUAAAAUCAAAUUCACAUGUUCCUCUUCAGCCAUUGACGUGUAUAGUGUAAAAGCAAGGAGCAGAUUGUCAGUUAUAUAAUUCAAAUGCACACUGUAAAGUAAAAGGAUUUGGUCAAAGCAAAUUCAGGUGGGGGUUUAGGCCCAGGAGAGACCAACCUGUAGCAGUUCUGCCUAAUUUGAUGUCUCUCCUUGGUAAGAAUUUAGACAUUUCUUCAGUGGAAAGUACUUGUCCAUUUCAGUUAAUUGUAUCGUCACAGAAGCUAUGUGACAUUGUGACAUUAAUGGCACCUUUAUUUUAAGAAGGAGAUUUGAUUUACUGGAGAACUAUUGCCUCUCAUUUUCUUUCCUAGAAGUAGUGUUUUUUUUGGGGGGGGGGAGGGAAACUGUGUCCAAUUUAACCUACAUAUAAACAUCUAAGAUAUAUUGUGUUUAUUAUUUUCCUAUAAAUCUCUAUAGUGCUGAUGCCAGGUGAGGAAUGCACAGAGCUGGGGGAAAAAAAUAUUUGUGAAAGCAAUUUUUUUGCUAAAACAGCAAUAUCACGUUUUUUUUUUUUCGUUUUAUUUCUUUUCAUGUCAUGCUAUUUUUUUAACCACUACAUCAGGAGUAAUUUUUGCACUAUUUUAAUUUUUUUUUGUUGAUAAAUCCUUUCACAUUUCCUCUGUCUAAAAUCAGUUCACCAUACACUUUCCAAAGCACUCUGACAGUUAAGCGCCAUGGUUUUGUGCUCCAAUCACCAGCAUUUACAGUUGUAAUAACUACCUUUUCCUCUCUUGUAAUCACACCUCUGUUAAACAGACUGUACUAGCGCAUAAGUAGCCGAAUCACCAUUACACUACAUCCGUACAUAAUAUUAGCCGGUAUACAAAACUCAAUUCAGAAUUUAAAAAUGAAAAAGUAAAAAAAAAAAGAAUUUUGUGGAAACUACACACCAUUGAAAUUGUAAGUGCUGUUUUAUAUUUUGUACUUAAUAAAAAGAAAAAAAAAUAAUCUCACAUUUUAUUACAAAAAAGUGAAGAUUGCUGUAUACUAUUUAUUCAUCUUAUAAUUUAUGUUACUCUUUGAUCUUUGUCUGUUUGUCCUGACAAAGCAUUUAUUUAAUAAAGUUAUGUAUUCAAAGUU